CAGGAGCCACGCGGUGAGGCAGGAUGUGUUAACCGCAUGCAUUUUCUGUUUGUGAAAGUAGUUAUGGAGGUAGAGGUAAGGCUAAUUUCAACACAAAACGAAUUAUAAACGAGGAUUCUUAACAGUUUGACAUACAGGCUGCAGAUCUAGUCACGGUAAUAUCAACGUGUGGAUGCCGAGGAACGACAUGUCCUGACUUGUCCCGCAUGGUGGCUAGGCCAGUCAAAUGAGCUGCGUUUUUACAAACACCGGCAUGGACAACGAUUUCCCCGGCCAACUAUUCAAUCGUUUUUUCAACGACGGUCCUCCUGAGGGUAAACGUGGUGGAAAUGUAGGAGGCUGGAGAUUUUACAACCAUGUGAUCGGGCGUGAGGAUCAUCAGUCUGUACAAUGGCAGGCGCAAAAUGAAGUCAAGGGAGAGCGGUGGUCGGCCACACAGCAGCUUGUAUUGCCUCUGUUGCCACCUAGCGAAGCUCAUAUCUACUCAUCUGGCCUCCACUCUAAAACCGAGCCUAUGGACUUCCAUAAACAUAUGCAGAAUUUUUACCAGGAUCAUUCCACAUAUGCCUUUCAAACAAUGAGCCACCUUCUUUUAGAGUCCUUUUAUCCUGAAAAGAGACAUGGACAGUCACAUGAAUUCCUGCGGUGGAGAAAGAAUGUUUUGAGGGAACUGAAUUAUACUACAUGCCCUAUAUCAACUACGCGGAAGAGGACUCAGUGUUAUGACAAUAUUUUUGGGCAUGACAUCCAUGACAUUCCUCCUCCUCUCCUGGCUGAGCUGCUUCAUGAGGAGCUGGUGCAUCAGAGAGAGCAGGAGGAGCUCCAAGAGCUAGCAACAGGGGGCGCUCUGAGCUGCAUUUCCUUCCCAGAUUCAAACGACCCUCAAGAGGUCAGUCUCAUCUAUCCCAGUAAUCCAGGCCUCCAAACACUCAACUUCCACAAGGUGGAGCUGAAGUCAAGCGGGGCUGGACCGCCACAGCUAAAGCUAAGAGGUCGGCCCUUUUCCUUUGACCUGAAUGGCCCCAUCAGGCAAGUCAGCACGGGGACCCUACAGGAGGCUGUUUAUGUAGGGGUGCGUUCAGACCACUUCUGUGGUGCUUGGCUAGUUGGUGAUGCUACGAGCCCACGAACCCUCGAGGUUAUUCAGACGAAGGAGCCAGCUACAUGCCUGGUUGUAAGCCCCCAUGUAUCAAAAGAGCUGCUGGUAGCCAGUGAGAGUGGAGCAGUGUAUCUCUGGACUGUGGGAAAAGGACUGACCAAAGUCAGAGAGGAGGACUCUAAUCUCUACUUCAAUGCAAAGUCCACAUGGAGGUGGUGUGAGUUCUCUGCACACCCUAGAGUCAUGGUCUACACUGACCGAACGGGAGCUGACCUUACAGACUUCAGGGCUCAUGAAAAUCAAAGUUACACCUUAUUCCGCAUUGGCAAGGUAUCUGAGGCCAAGCGAGGGGAGAGAAUAAUCAUGUCCCAGUACCUCAGUGAGGUACAUGCCUACCACCAUCUUGUUACCACACAGUAUUCAGCAUACAUAAUGGAUGAGCGUAUGCCAUCUGUGCCCAUGCUGACAUGGGACCACUUCAUGGAGAGCCCUCCCAUGUUUGCGCAUGUCUUGGCUGGAGCUUCACCUCAGAGGAAUAACCAGCUGCUGUUGGGCUCUCAGAAGACCCAGGAGAUAAUAAUGCUGCAGUACUCAGGUGGCUGUGAAGAAGCCUGUGUAGCCCGAGGUCCACUUCAGAAACUACUCAGCCCUAGUGAGACUCUGCCCCACCUGCCUGUCAGACUACCUCACAGAAACCAGACCGCUCAGGAGAGGUUGUCUCUGCCAGCUGCUGGCCUGACAGCCAUCCAGAGCAGCCAGCAUCUGUGUGUGUUGCAGCUCACUGUGGCCGGAGACGUGUUCUACCAGACCCUGGGGCUGUGCUCGGAAGGCCCUGCAGAGGAUUCCUCUCCGCCCUCUGAAAGGCAGGAGGCGGAGGAGGGUGCAGAGGAUUCCUCUCCGUUCUCUGAAAGGCAGGAGGAGGCGGAGAAGGGAGUAGACCGAUUAAUACCUCCUGUAUCUAGUGAUUUCUCAGAUGAAGAUUCCGUCCCUAGCCAGAGGUCUUUUGGUGGUUUUGAGGUGGUAGCCAAUGUCAGCGCAGAACAUCUUUCCGCUUCAGAUUUGGAGAAUGAAUGUGGUCAGCUACCUACCCAAUCUUUAGGCCCAGCUGUCCAGCCCCCUGUUACAGCCGCCAGUCUCCCACGCACCCGGUUGCCGCUUAACAAGGAAGUACUUAGCGAGUGGAGUAAGUGGCUUUCCGGUCUUGAUAGUUUGCCAGCCCCGAAGUCACACUUCUCACAUUGUACAAAAUACACCAGAGACAUGGGCGUCUAUGUUGAUCUUCAGAGCGACCCACUUGGGGAGCCUAGAUCCCAGAGUGUGCAGCAGGACCUGAGGAAGAGCAUGAGCAGGGGGGAGAUUGUUGUCCACUCGUCCACCCACUUGCCUCCACUCCCCAUCACCCCUGUCCCUGGAGUGCUGGAGCCCUCGGAGUGGACCGACGAUCUCAGCCAGAGACUGAGUGAGGCGUGGCAGGGCAGGUGGAGGCAGUGGUGGGAGGACAAGCUGGGCCUGAACAAGGAGCGGAAGCGGGAGGCCCUGCGCCGGAAGCGACGGCAGGAGAAGGCCAAGAGACGUCGCGGUGUGUACCUCGCCAGGAGUUUCACCUCCACAGUCAGCUACCAGUCCGACUCGGAAUUCUCUGGAUUUUCUAGCCAAGACCUGGGCUCGGACUGGGGCGAAGACGUAGCAAGCCGUGCUGGUUCCAGUAAAAGCGCAGCGGCCUCACCAGAGCUCACAAUCACCUCAGAUCUCAGUUUGGGGAAGCCACUUUUCCAGAGCACACAGUCUACACAGCCACAGCAGGACGCCACCCCUCACGUCUCCGCAGCAGCGCAGGAGUUCGCCCCUGUGGCGUCGUCUGAAUCCCCUCCGCUCUUCCUGUCCGCCGAGUCCAGCCGGCCUUCCAUGCUGGGCCCGGCUCAGAAGAAACCCAGACGGACAGAGCAGGAUAUGUUGCAGUCUCUGUUCAGCUCUCAGGAGGCCGGUCAGGCUUUGCUGGAGGAGAGCUCCCUCUCUGUGAUGGCCCCCUCCUCCCAGCUUUCCAGCUUCUCCUCCUCCCAAAGACCCCCUCAGAUCCGGGUGUCCCUCUCACGGGUGUCCCUGCCUAAGAAAAAGAAACCUCGCAUGGGUUUCUAAUGAGAGCGACGAUUUUGUAAUGCCCCCCUCCGGGAUAGUUGGCAGCUCUGGGACGCUGUAGUAGCUGCUGUGCAGGUUCUGUGCAGUGCGUCGGGAGACGAUCCACACCAGCUUCUUGUGAUCAGGCUUGCUGCAUUCCGGUGAGGAGUAUUCUGAUAUGCACUGGGCCACAAGUCCUCUCCAGUGCUGCAGCUCGGACUCUGAGAUCUGGGGUGGGGGGUACACAGCCAAGACGUCACUACACUGGACACCCACUUACAUAAGACUAAACCCUCCCAGCUAUCAGUCGCCAGCUGAUAUGUAAGUGGAUAGCUGGCUGGCUGGGCCGAGCAGGAAACUAUGUUGAGCCUUAAAAGGCUGAGCUUUUGAGAGGUGGUUGGUUGUCAUCAAACAAUCUUAAGAACUUCACAUCAGCUUGUUGCUUUAUUGGUUCUUUCAUGCUUAAUUCUAUAUGGGCCCUGUCAGUUGCAGGAAUGGUGUGUACUGAUGUUGAAUGUGUUGAUGUAUGUAUCAAAGUCACUGCUAAAACCCUCAGGUUAAUUAGUGUCAAGGGACCAAUGCUUGACCCAAAUCCCUCAACUGUCCAAGGAAAUGUUUGUUUGCUAACCUUUAAGUGCCUCUGGAUGCGCUGAGCAAUCUCCAGCAUGUCAACAGACUGCAAGGCCUCAAUCUCCAGGGUGAGGAGCGAGAGCGCCAGCACGGACGGCUGCAAAGAGAUAAAGCGAUGGGGAUUAAUGAAGUUAUUCCUUCUAAAGUGUGUCACAGGGUCACAAGUGAUGUGAUGAGGGAUCUUACUUUAGCUUUGGAAAAGACAAUUCGGCAAAGACAGGCUUUCAGCUGCGCCUCCAGCUUGUCUUGAUUCAGGACUUCCUUCCUGUUUAAACAGAGGGGGGAAAUGGCCUUCAGUGAACCUAAUACAGCUACGAGUAAUACAUGUAGGCAGCUUUUUUCCCCUCAAGACUGUCUGAUGUAAUAGCAUGUUAUCUUGCUAGUGUUACAGACGUGACAUGAUAAAAUGUUUGUCCUUGUUAUUACAGCAGACUGACCCACAUAAACACUUGAUGGUUCAAAGUUCAGUUCUUGUGUGCCAUAGUAAUCCCUAGUGAACUAUGCCCUGCUGCUGUAACACUUUGGUUAGUUAAUUUGGUUGUUCUUACCUGUCUGAGGUAUGUGAUAGCGCAAUGGCGUAGUACAAGUGCAAAAAAGUUAAGGCUGUGACGGCUUUGAACUGGAAGUUGAGCUUCUCGGAGAUGAUUUUCUCCAUACGGCUGAGGUCUGAGGCUGUGAACUUGCUCUGGCUGAUGCGGAUAAGUUCAUGGGGGGAAGAAAUGUUGCACUCCUGCUCAACCACUUUGGCAGCAAUAUGAAGACAGCCUAUGCUAAUGCAGGCCAAAUGUUUAGGCUGGACCUGGAAACAAAGAUAAAAAUAUUUUGUUAAUUAAGGAAUAUUACACUGAUGACCACAACAACUGAACAUGAAGCUUCAGUUUCUUAUUAACUGUAUAGAUGUGGGAAGAGUGACAUUUUGCUUUUCAAUCAGUCAUGGCUAAAUGGUUUUGUAGCUGAAUCACAUAAACACCCAUCUAUAUUAAAUCACAUUUACUUUUC